UCCACAUCCAAGCAAACUCGGGUCGAGGUGGGCUGCUGCAGCACCCAGCCCUCACUACUGUACGAUAUCCCAAGAGAGACGCCAGUCACGAGAGGACCAGACCAAAACAUGUCCAUAAACUGGGUGAUGCUUGCCGAAGCAGGCGGCUACACUCCCCUCCCUGGCGAACAGACACUCUACACAUCACCACCGAGAACCACGCUAUCUGUCCAGAGCAACACUCGCCUUCCCCCAAGCCAAGCAUACUCGGUGCAGUGUAGGUCAGGCAUAGUCUAUCUGACCAACAGACGAGUAAUCUACCUCCCCGUCACGCCCUCCCCCUCCCUCCAAUCCUUCGCCGUCCCCAUCCUCAACGUCUCAGACUCCCGCGUCACAGCCCCCUGGUUCGGCGCAAACAAAUGGGAAGCCGUGAUCCAACCCGUCUUCGGCGGCGGCAUACCCCCGCACCACGCGGAACUCGAACUCACCAUGGAAUUCCGGGAGGGUGGCGCAUUCGACUUUGCAACCACAUUUGAGCGGCUACGAGAGCGGCUACGGCAGGCUGUGGACGUAGCGAGGGAAAGCGGGUUUGCAACUGGCGAUGGUGCAGAGACGGGCGGUGGGCAGGGAGGAGGCGCGCUGCAGGGCGUGAAUCUCAAUUCAGUGCAUUUGGAAGAUUUGCCGGCGUAUGAGGAGUCGAGGGGGCAUGCGGUGCUGCGACCAGAGGAGGAGCUGCCAAGUCCACUGAUCGCCGGAGGGAGAGGGAGGGAGAGGGACAGUGGGGUGGGGACGGAGCCUGAGACGACGAAUAAAGAGAGUCCGUUGGGGAGUCCACAGCAGGAGGGUUUCCAGCCACCGUCGGAACCGCCACCAGGGUAUGAGGAAGUGCAACGGGAUAGUGUGGCGGAUGAAUUGGAAAGGAUGCUAAGAAGGGCGGAGGAACGAGAAGAGCGAUGAUGUCAGUCAGGGACGAUUGAUUAUUGCUGUUAUAAUUCGGUGGGAAGUGUGCAUCUACUGUGUGUGUAUUUACACUCCGAAGCACGGCGUUGACAGGAAAGACCACUCUAUGAUUACUUGCACAAUGGAAUGUCACGAGGACUAUCCGGGGCGGCAUUUUGGAACUUUUCUUGCACGAGGUCAGCCGGCAUCGGGCGGCUCUUUGGUCGAGAACUAGGAUCUAACGUCCUGAAUAAUGAUAUUUCAUUUUCGACACCA